AGAAACCCAGAAAAACCCUAAGCCCCGUCUCUACAUCUACCCCCUUCCAUCUUCCAUAUUUCCCCUCCCUGCUGUCAGCCGCGCCCUAGCAAAAAUGCCUUUCAAGCGGUACGUGGAGAUCGGGCGAGUCGCUCUUGUCAACUACGGAAAAGACUACGGCAGGCUCGUCGUCAUAGUCGAUGUCAUUGAUCAGAAUCGGGCCCUUGUGGACGCACCUGAUAUGGUGAGAUGCCAAAUGAACUUUAAGAGGCUUUCACUCACAGAUAUCAAAAUUGACAUCAAAAGGGUGCCUAAGAAAAAAACAUUGAUUGAAGCAAUGACUGCUGCAGAUGUUAAGAACAAGUGGGAGAAUAGCUCCUGGGGCAGAAAGCUGAUUGUGCAGAAGAGGAGAGCAUCUCUUAAUGACUUUGAUAGGUUCAAGAUCAUGUUGGCAAAGAUCAAGAGGGGUGGAGUGAUCAGGCAAGAGCUUGCAAAGCUGAAAAAACAGACUGCAUCCUAGGCGCUAAUUUUCGAUGGAAUUCCAAUUUUGUUAUGAAUUUUCUGCAACUUGGAUUGUUUUAUCUUUAUUAGUUUUAAAGCUUGAAAUCAGCUUAUGAAAAACUUCUUGCAUCUUAUUAAAGACGAGUAAUCAGUGUUGUUUUAUUGUUAGACUAUUUUGUCAGAGCGAGCCUAGAUUGAGCCUUGUGUUUAUUGAGUGAGAUGCAUGGAUGUGGCUGUGGGUUUUUUAUCACCACUAUAAUGUUCCUGCCAUUGUUUGAUUUCCUAUUUUAAGGGAAUAGGGUGGGAUAUAGAACAAAUCAAUUUGCAUCAAUAGAACUUGUGCUGCGCCCAAGCACCCUUGAAUU